AUGGAUCAGCUGGUAUUUAAGAAGGGAAACGGUUCUCAUUCAGUUUAGGAAUGCAUGAAAAAGCUAGAUGUAAAUGGAUCUCAAAUAAGUAUUAGUGAUAAAUAUUUAACUGAUCUCAUAACUUAUCUUGAAAGUGAAAAUGGCUGUAGUGGUAUUUGCAAUCAAGGAUUAUUCUUUUACUAAAAUGAUAUCAACAAUGGACCACCAAGCAGAUCAUGUUUAAACGAAUUUUAGUAGGUUGUAUAUGAGUCUUUCGAUCUAAUGGGUGGGAUAUUACUAGCUCUGUUUGUUCUUAAAACCAUUUCGUUUUUUCUGUAGCAAUGCUUAAUGAAAUAAACAUUGGUGAGCACCGGCCAAAAUAAUUAAAUCAUGACAUCCUCUUCCCCACCUAUUUUUCGAAUACCGCCGUCAGAAUAAAUUAAAAAUAAUGAAAGUGGGAAGAUUUAAGAUGAUAGUGAAAUAACUUUUAGUCCAGAAUAAGACGUUAAUGGAUCAAGAGAACAAUAGCAUUUACUAGAUAAUAAAAAUCUCAAUAACUAAAUCUAUAAUUCCCCGAGCCACCCAUUGAAUUAAAUUCUUCCAAAUGAUGUUUAAAAAUUUGAAGUUUAAGAGUAAUUCAAUGAUAAUGAAGAGAAAAAAGAGGAAGUAAAAAGAUAGUAUAGUUCUAACAAAACCUUUGCCAAUAGCUUAAAGAUUAGGGAUUCUGGAUUUCUUCCACUAAUGAAUAAUAAAAAGAAGAUCAUCCAAUUUGAUAAUUUUAAACUUUUUGAUCGGGCUUUAGAGGAUUAUGAGAGUUCUAAAUCAAAUUAGAAGGAAGAAAUAAAUAGCAAUAAUGACUAUAAAAUUGAAUUAAAUCUAGUAAAACCUGAUAAUAUAUCUUUGUAAAAUUCAUUUAAUAGUAGAGGAGGAAGAAUAUAUUAAGCUGAUGAUUAAUUUCCUCCAUUGCAAGUUAAGCUAGUUUAAAAUCUAUCUGAUGGUUAAAAUGAAAAUGAAUGGUGA